UGUGAAGCGGCCGACAUUAGCAUCUUUGACAUUUCAUCAUAUUUUUCUAAUUAUUAUUAGAAUCGGACACUCCAAAGAAGCAAAUUGCCGAGCAUUUCAUUUCGAUUUUUCAUCUUCAAUCGAAUAGGUCGACAUAAAAGCUAUUUUGGUCAAAGUUGGUGUUUUAGUUUGUUGGAAAAGAGUUUUUUUUUGUAUUUAUUUAAUCAGUGUGUAAUCUUUCUGUCGUGUUGUCUUUGUUACAACAUUUUUCCGUAUUUAUUUUUUUUGGUGUGGAAACGAACAAAACAUACCCAAAAAUGGUCGCAAGUGCAAAUUCAUGGGUGAAGUUUUUUCAAUCGGCUGGUGUACCAUCAGCUGCGGCAGCAACAUACGCUCACAUUUUCUAUGAAAAUCGAAUGGACUUGGAUAUGCUAACGGAUUUGAAUAAAGAAUAUUUAAGAGAAAUGGGCAUCACACCAAUGGGCGAUAUCAUAUCCAUUUUACGGCAUGCAAAAAAAGUUAAUGAACAGACUACACGCGAUAAAAUACUGUCGGCCGAAAAGCAAACGAUAACAACCGCUUCAGUCACUCCUUUGAUUGCUUCAUCAGUAUCAAAACAAAGUAUUAAAGUGGAUGGCAAAGGAAAAUCCGAUGAUGAACCAUCGAGAAAGCCAGCAAGACGUGUAUUACCUGAACAUGAGGGACGCUAUAAAAUUACGCUACCGUCGGGUUCAACGGAACGCAGUAAAGAGAUUUUAGCUAAACAAGCAAUGUUAUACUCUGACCAAGAGCAAAAAAAAGUCGGAAUAUUCGAUCGAUUGGAACAAACAAAGAAAGUCUCGGUUCAACCGCAGAUCAAAAUCACUGGACUCAAUAAUGUGGCAUCAACAUCAUCAUCAAUUUUUUCGCGACUUGGUGGAAAAAGUGACGAUAUUGAUAUGGACGAUGAAAGAGCCGUUGCAUUUGCUGGCAUUUUAAAAAGUGCACCAAAGAAAAUUGUGAGCAUAAAAAAGAGUGCAAGGGAUCAACAGAAAGCAAUUUUGGUGAGACGAAUCCCAGCUAAAGCAGCCACUAUGGUAGCUGAUGAGUAUGAUGCCGAGCGCAUGGAAACCGGUGAAAAGUCCGUAAAAUUCUCAUCAAUCGAUGAAAUUCUUGAGAUUGAAUCGAGAAAAAAAAUCGUUCCACGUCGAAUUCAAUUAGCCAAAGGUCAAAGUAUUCGAACUCGAUUAGGUUUAAUGAUAAAAAAUGAUAAACUAAUUCUUCGUAAAAAGAAAAUUGUCAAACUGAAACAGCCAGUAAACCGUGCCAAUGGCCAGAUCGAUAUAUCGAGAUCGAAGAUGAGAUCGGAUGAAUUAAAAAAAUCGGUAAAGAGCAGAUUGUCGAUGAAAAAUGGUCCCGAAGUCAGUAAAUUAGUGAAUCGAAUCGGUCGUGUGUCGCUCGGUUCACGAUUGGGCACAACAUUGAAAAAUGGCCAUCAAAAUCCAAUCAAAACAGCAUCAGCGUCUAGUGUCUUUGACAGACUUGGAUUUAAUAAAAAGUAAAUGCGAAAGAAGAACAAGAGCGCGCUUGGACAGACGGAAUAUUGCAUCAACAGUUUACUGUCCGGAGGGCACUUGUGAUUGUGACCCCAGUAAAUUAAGUGGAUUUUUGAUUUUCAAUUUAUUGAAUGUGUAAAUUUAGGAAUAUUUCCGACUUUUUUUUUCUCUCGUUACAUUUAGUUGCAAAGUUAUUAGAACCAAACUUAUAAUAAUGAUUCAUAUUGUCAACUAACAUACAAUUUAUCUCUUUUCUUGAGGAAAUUUUCAAAUAAAUUUUGAAGAAAUUGUA